AAAAUAAUUCCCCUUCUUAAAAUUAAUAUAUCAUCAUUAAUUAAUGAAAUCCGAACUGCUUGUUUUAUGCUUAUUUAAUCAUUUCUUUUCCCAAAAAUUAUUUAUACGGACCCAUGGUCAGUAUGACCCAACAUUGGAUUGUGCAAUCAUAACAUGAACCAGAUUUUAUUAAAAUGUCUCAAUUCAAGCUUUUUAAUGCAGUUAUAAAUGGUAAUUAUGAUGAUGUGAUGACUUGUAUAGAACAAAAUGUAGAUAUAAAUCAGCCGCAUUGGGAAGGUGAUGGAAAACCGCCUAUUUUGCUCAGUGUAGAAAAUGGACAUGUUGAUAUAAUAAGGCUUUUGUGUAGUCAUAAUUGUGAUGUUAAUGCGAGAACUAUACAUGGAGAGACUGCUUUACAUUUGGCUAUUUCAUCAAAGAAGAAUAUUUAUGAAAGCCUUGAAUUGCUUCUGACCCAUGGCUGUGACCCGAACAUCCAAGAAAAUUUGCAAGGCCAGACUCCUCUACAUUACCUUGUCAGGCAUAUGAUCAAACAUGAUGACUAUUCGGAAGCAGCUUUGAAUUGCUUGAAAAAUCUAGUUGAAUCCUCCUUGCCUAAUAUUGUAGACAACAGGAAACGAACUCCGCUUCACAGAGCAGCUUACGGUCAUGCCAAAGUCGACUGUGUUAAGAUACUUCUUUGCUGUGGUACUAAAUUACAAAACAACCGUGGGGAAACACCGCUCCAUGAAGCUCUGGAAACUGAUGGCAAUUUAGAUAUGAUAAAGCUUUUGGCCGAUAAUUCUGAUCUUUCAUUGCCAAAUAAUUAUGGAGAAACACCAUUGCAUGUAGUAGCUAGAAAGAGGAGAUGGGACGUCUUGAAAUAUUUGAUAUCUCGACAUGCCCCAAUCAAUGUCAAAGAUUUAAAAGGGAACACAGCUUUGCAUCUUGUUGCCGAACGAGGUUAUUCUGAAGCAGUGUGCCUUUUAACAUCAUGCAAAGAUAUCGAAGUAAAUGCUCAAAAUUUUGAAGGCCUCACUCCGCUCCAUGUAGCUGUCGAAAGCGGAUUUCAAACUGUUGUUGAGUUACUACUGAAAGCAGACAACUGCGAUGUUAGCCUUCAGACUAAACAGGCACAAACUGCCCUUGAUCUAGCUCAGCAGGAAUACAGAAGCAGAUCACAACCAGAGCUGCACGAUAUGCUCUUCAGCGAGAUUAAAAAACGACAAUCUGAUAAAAUAAUAUAAGAACUAAAAUUGAGGAGAAAGGAUACAAUUUUAACAUUUUAAUAUAUAAAGCAAAUAAUUGGAUUAUAGGACUAAUCAAAUUUUAUUUUCACAAGGGAUACUAAGUUAGUUUGCUUGGUUAAAGGUUUGUCCUAUACUGUUAAUAAAA